UACAGAAACGUUAUCUUCUCGAAGAAUUUUGCCACCCAGCUCUCGUCGUAACGCCGCCCGUGAAGCGUCAUGACAAACCAAAAAAAAAACCCAAGGGACGGGGACGGCCGACGGCACAUGCAUGCAUGCCGUCUCGUCUCUGACAACGAAGCGGCGGCGGCAGAGCCCACCCCCGAGACGUCCCGACCCUCUCCUUCUCAACCUCCUGUCCUUUCAUAAAUACGAGUACCAAGUUAAGCAGACGACGUUCAAAUCAGAGCCGCUUCCAUCAUCUCUCGAGAAUGCGCGGCUCGCACCUGCUCCUGCUACUGGUGGCGUUCUCUUCAUUCCACGGCCACCUCGCCGCCCGCCAUGGCCGGAGGCACGCGCCUGCAGCCGUCCCCGUCGUAGGCUCCGUCCGCUCUGGCGGAGCGGCCACGGAUGCUGCUUCCUCAGGCGGGGCGACAGCCGUCCGGUGCCACGACGGGGCCGUCUGCAGCGAGAAGGGCCUGUUUUUCCCGCCGAUUCCGCUCGUGCCGGAGCCGCCGAACAUCGGGGGCGUGCCCAUCCCGCCGAACCCGAUCACGCCAGCGCCGCCGUCGCUCAUCCCGCCGGUGUUCCCCGCGCCAUCUCCGCCGUCCAUCCUGCCGCCGCUCGUCCCGCAGCCGCCGCCAGCUUCGCUCAUACCGCCGGUGCUGCCGUUGCCGUUCCUUCACCCACCGCCUCCGCCGCCACCGCCGCCGUCCAUCCUACCGCCGGUGCCCUUCCUCCCGCCGUUGAUCCCUGGCGUGCCGCCAGCUUCCUCCUCGAACAACGGACGACCGGUGAAACCAUGAGAAAGAUGCUGGUCUUCCUGCCCUAUGAGUUAUCUAUAUAUUGUGAAAUCUUGUACCGGAAAUACUCCACUUUAUGGCUGUGCACUGUGCAUGUGUCGUGGUUUUUGGUUUGUGUCCACCGAUUAUUAUUUGGAGAUAUUAUCACGAUUCAUAGAACAUAUUUUUUAUGUUCA